CAGACUAGAAUGUCGUCAGAGUCAGACCACCGAAGUCAAACGACAGAACAAUUUAUCAAAGAAGCACCGGAGAUGUUAGAAAAGAAGAGGCACGGGGAAGAUGUGGAUGAAGAACGUUCAAAUUGCAAAGAAAAAGUGACAGAUGAGACAGAGUCAGAUCGUGAGCCGAUAAAUGCAAAUGGCAACACGAGAAAUGAAGAACAGAGAAUUCCAACGAUUGAGUCAAAUAUUGAUAAAGGAAUCGUCAACCAGGCACAUAUUGCAAAUAAUUAUAACCCAGUUAAAAUAUCCGAUGAACACUUUAAAGCAAUGGUUGAUUACUACGGCGGAAAACCCUUUAUCAAAUAUGAAAUAUCCGUACGGGAAAAACACGGCGUGUUCCGUAAAGCAGUGCCCUUGAUGCCUGUAUCCUUAUCUCUCUUACUGUGCAUACUGAACGUCCUAACUCCUGGUAUUGGUACGCUGUUAGCCGGCUGUACAAUCGUUUGUGGCUGCAGAACAGAAUAUAGCAGUCGAGUGAAAGCCAUAUUUUUAAACAUCCUGGCAGCUAUUCUACAGUUAAUUUUGGCUCCGAUUGUAAUUGGAUGGGUUUGGAGCAUAAUGUGGGGAAUUACGUUCGUGAAUAUCAGCGUGACGAAGGAGCUUCAGGAGCCAAUAGUGGCAGCCCCAGUCUAAGUAUUCUAACAACGUCCGAAACACCACAUCAAGUAAAAUAAAUUUAAAUAACUACCAGCACGACACCUGGUGUAUAGAAUAUAAUAUAUCAUUUUAUGCGUUUCUCUUCUUCCUUUCCUUUUCUUCGGGAUAUUUAUAUAAAGUUACAAGUCCCUUUAUUUGUUUAGCUAUUUAAUUACAAUGUAUUAAAUGCAACAGACGUUAAGUAUACAUGUAUCGCCAUGUUGCUUUUUUGCAUAUAUACUUACAGCUUCCACCUCGAGCUGUUGAAAUAUAUAUAUAUAUAUAUAUAUAUAUACGUUUGUUUGACUCUGACGUCAUUUCAUCAAGGCAACAAAGGAGGAUCUAACAAUAUAUAGGAAUUGACUCAAAUAUCGUCAUGGCAAAUAAAUCAAAGGUAUUCGAGCAUUUUCUUUGAGGUUUUGUUUACAUGUUAACUGCGCGCAUGUAUACUGGUAAGCCGCGAGCAUGUAUACUGCGUUUUAAAAUUUUUAAAUUGGGGAG